AUGGGCUUAGGUUUGCCUCCCGAUCAAGGCAUUCGCGGAUUGAGGUCAACCAAAUCAAAACCAACACCAGUCACUGACCUCUCCGCCUCGGCGCUCGAGGUCUUCAGCGGCAGCCUGUGUACCACGGAGGCCGGGGCUCAGCUCUGGUGUUCGAGCGGCGCCGCGGCCGGCCCCUCGCCGCCCGCUGCCGCCACGGUGCUCCUUGACAACGACAAUCUUGUGGUGAGGGAUCAGGCCAACUCCUCCCGGAUCUUGUGGCAGAGCUUCGAUUACCCCGGCGACUCGCUGCUACCGGGCGCGAGGCUCGGGUUCGACAGUGACACCGGGAGCAACAUCUCCAUGACGUACGAGCACUACCCGCACAAUGGCAGCAUCAGCGUCGAUCCGAGCAGGAGGAACGGGUUCGUGCUCACAACCGAUGGGCUCGACGAUAUUCCGGGGACCUUCCCGGAUGGGAUGGUGACAUCUCAAGACAACGGCAGCUCACUGGUGCUGAAUCGUCCAAGCCCAAACGUGAUCGAAUUCCUGCAGCUCCAUCUGGGGCAAGUCAGAUUGAUGCGGUGGUCAGAGGAUUCUGCAUCAGCAAACAGAAGCGGUUGGGUGGCUCGUUGGACCUUCCCUUCAGGCUGCAAAUCCAGCGGCUUCUUCUGUGGUUCCUUCGGUGCCUGCACAGGCAACGGCAGAUGCGAAUGCCUCGAUGGUUUUGAGCCUUCGUAUCCAGCUGAGUGGGGGCUUGGAUACUUUGUCACCGGUUGCUCGAGAUCUCUUCCACUGAGCUGCGAGGCGAUUGGCCAGACUGAACAUGAUGACUCGUUUAUCCUGAUAGACAAGCUGCAGGGGCUCCCUUAUGGCCGCCAGGGUGAUCCAGCAGAAAGUGAUGAAGAUUGUAAACAAGCCUGCGUGAGCAAUUGUUACUGUGUUGCGUAUGUGUUUGACUACGGAUGCAAGCUAUGGUACGACAAGCUGUACAACAUGAGUUUUGCUUCUGGACCUCCAUACAGCAAGGUUUAUGUUCGUGGGGGUUCCAAUUCCAAGCUCCGGGCCAAAAAGGGUCUACACACAAGAGCUAUUCUGUUGUUGGUGGCAGGAUUUAUAGCAUUGGCUUCUGUGAUAUUGACACUGGCGCUUCUAUGGAGAUACAGGAGAGAUUUAUUUACUUGCAGAAAGUUUCAAGUGGAGGGUUCUCUUGUUCUCUACUCUUAUGGGCAGAUCAAGAAAGCUACAAGGAAUUUCUCUGAUAAACUUGGUGAGGGAGGUUUCGGUAGUGUUUUCAGGGGAACAAUGCCAGGACCAGAAUCAACUGUUAUCGCUGUGAAGAGUCUGAAAGGCCUUGGGCACGCAGAUAAGCAAUUCAGAGCAGAAGUGCAGACAGCUGGAGUGAUCAAACACACUAACCUUGUCUUUCUUCUGGGAUUUUGUGUUAAAGGGGAUAUGAGGUUGCUGGUCUAUGAGUAUAUGCCUAAUGGUUCGUUGGAUUCACACCUAUUUUCAGAAAGGUCUAGUCUUUUGAGCUGGGAUGUUCGCUACCGAAUCGCACUCGGUAUUGCAAAGGGUCUAGCCUAUCUUCAUGAAGGAUGUGAGGACUGCAUCAUACAUUGUGAUAUCAAGCCUGAAAACAUAUUACUUGAUGAGGAAUUCUGCGUUAAAAUCUCAGACUUUGGCAUGGCAAAGCUUCUUGGACGUGAAUUCAACUCUGCAUUGACCACCGUCCGAGGAACCAUAGGAUAUCUCGCACCAGAGUGGAUAUCUGGACAGCCUAUCACUAAAAAGGCAGAUGUUUAUAGUUUUGUCAUCGUGCUUCUCGAACUAGUCUCGGGGAGAAGAACUACAAAGAGAUUGACAUUCGGAAAUCAUCGAUAUUUCCCUCUUUAUGCAGCCGCUCAAGUGAAUGAAGGGAAUGUGAUGUGCUUAUUGGAUAGUAGGCUGGAAGGGAAUGCUAAUGUCAAGGAGCUUGACAUCACCUGCAGAGUUGCCUGUUGGUGCAUCCAGGACGACAAGAAUGACAGGCCAUCAAUAGGGCAAGUGGUUCGCGUGCUGGAAGGCAUUGUGGACACUGAAACCCCUCCAAUUCCACCCUCCUUUCACAACCUUCUGGAGGGUGAGAGCAGUGGUAUAUAUUCUGACGAAGGAUAA